CUACUUUUUAAGCUGAUUAGCUUUUUAUUUUUUUUAUAUAAAAGCUGGGGACCAUGGGAUGCUCGACCUGAAGCUCUGUCUCAAGGUGUGAGGGGAUGGUAUUUUGAUUCACGAGUGCAGUGCGAAGGUUAGCAAUGUUUGGUAGAUUUUCUAUUAACAAAAAAAAUCUGAGUGUAGCACAAAGGCAGGUAGAUUCCUUUCUUCCUUUUGCAAUCGUUCAUGUCAUGUCUCUCACUCGAUUGGUCAAGGAACAUCAGACAAAGCAGGCGACACUAAAGCGGGAAAACGAGCACCUGCGGAAAGAGGCCAUUCAGAGUGUUGGUGUGUUCUCGGACGCAGUUGCCGAAACCCUUAGUGGCCGCGUAUCGCAGAUAUUUCUCAAUCAAAAGAACCUGGAACAGGAGGCAAGAAGUCUGUCGUUGCAGACCGCAAGAUAUGCCAAGCAGACAACGCAAUGGCUCGCGCUUGUAGAGCAGUUUGAUUCAGCUCUCAAGGAGCUCGGCGACGUGCAGAACUGGGUACAGGUGAUCCAAAAGGACAUGGAGCAGGUCACCCACUCGCUGGAAAGCUCACGACGUGAACCAGUAUGAUCCUACAAAGAGCUGACUGGAAAUUGUACACAUCCUUGCGUUAUCUCAAGUGAUAGCCAUCUUUGCUGUAUAAUAAACAUAUAUCUUAAACUCGUUCUCGACCAUAGUAAAGGCAGGGAGAG